UAACAGGCUAGACCUGGCCCAUAGUCCAUGUAGUCGCGUUAUAUUAUAAAUUCUAGUUCCGGAAAUAACCGCAGAGUUCCUUUUCGUAUCAAUUUUCAGUAACAUUCAGUCAGAUAUUGUUUUAAAUGGCAUCGAUUUCUCCUUCUUCAAGCAAUUCAACCUCCACGCCAUAUGUUACUGAUCUGACAAAGCAACUGAGGCUCCACGAAGUCGCCUUAGCCGAGCUCAACAACCACCCUUCUUCCAGAGUUCAGCAAUUGCAGCAUAAAAAGAAGAAAAAAAAAAUUAGAGGCUGUGUAUCGGAAGAAUGGGAACUUAUUUUUUCGCACAACCAUCCAAACGGCAACAGCAAUGGAACAGAGACUAAAGAGGAGCAGGAAAGAAAAGUCACUUUGAUGAGGAAAUACAGUGUAGUAACUCCAUAGUAAGCAGCAAACUGAUAGGCAAAGGUAAGAGAAUUAUAUGACCCUGGUAUUUCUCAUCCAUUGUUUAUUUUAAUUAUGACAAAUGAUGAUCACUUUUAAAUGUGAAGUGAUCAAGGUAAGUGAUUGAUGUGAUUUAGGUUUUUACUCAUCUGGUUGAAGCAAAAUAAAGGUAAGUAUUUUUGUAACGAA